AUGGAUGUGUCUGUGGAGGUGGUACCUUGUUCAGUCAGCACAAUCCACGUCAUCAUCAUCAUCUUCCUAGGCCUAGCCACAUUCCUCUCCGCUAUCAAACUCCUGAAACGGUCAGGGAAGUCGUGUGGCCCGUUACCUCCCGGGCCAUGGAAGCUGCCCGUGAUAGGGAACCUGCUCCAGAUGGUCGGGGACCAGCCGCCGCACCGCCGGCUGAUGGACCUGGCCAAGCGGCACGGCCCAAUAAUGCACCUUCAGCUCGGGGAAAUCUCCAACAUCAUCGUCUCUUCCCCGGAAAUCGCCAAAGAGUUCCUCCGAACGCACGACCACAACUACGCGACGAGGCCCAUCUUCCCCGCCGCCAGGAUCUUGUCGUACGGCGGCAGAAGCGUCGGAUUCUCCCCCUACGGCGACUACUGGAGGCAGAUGAGGAAGAUAUGUACCAUGGAGCUACUGAGCGGGAAACGCGUGGAUUCGCUGUUGAAGCCCAUUAUGGAGGACGAGAUCCGGCAGAUGGUCAGAUCCAUCCACCACCUGCACCAGGGAGCUGUCAUGGACUUGAGCCAAACGCUUUACUCGGUGGGGACGGCCAUCAUUUCAAGGGCGCUUUUCGGGAAGUUGCAGGGGCAAGAGGAAGCCUUCUUGCCAGUUCUGCAUGGAAUCGUCGAGGCAUAUGGCGGGUUUGCUCUUGGGAACCUAUUCCCAUCCAGCAACUUAAUACGCCGACUCAGUGGUACUGAGAAACAAGCACACAAGGUUCACGAAGAAGCAGAUGUCAUUCUGGAAGCCAUAAUCGAUGAGCAUGUAGCAACAAGAAAAGCAAGAUCAGCAAAAGCUAAUGAUGAUGACCAAGUAACAGAAGAUCUUGUUGACGUGCUUCUGAAUUUCAAAGAGAGCCAAGGGCUUGGCUUCCCUUUCACCAAUGCCGACAUUAAAGCUGUCAUCCUGGACAUGUUUUUAGCUGGCAGCGACACAUUCUCCUCAACUGUGGAAUGGGCGAUAUCACAACUCAUUAUGCAUCCCGAUGUCAUGAAAAAGGUACAAGCAGAGGUGAGACAGGUUUUCGAUAAAAAAGGAAUGAUCGACGAAGCGGGCCUUCAAGAAUUAUCAUAUCUCAAAGCGGUUGUCAAAGAAAGUCUCAGAUUAUACCCUCCUGCUCCAUUGCUAGUUCGCGAAGGAUUUCAAGAAAGCGUGUUGAUUGCAGGAUACCAGAUACCGAAAAAAUCAAAGAUCAUGAUCAAUGUAACGGCCAUCAGCCAAGAUCCUCGUAACUGGACGGAACCCGAACGGUUUUAUCCAGACAGGUUUAUCGAUCCUUCCAACAAAACUUUUGAUCACAAAGGCCCAAACUUUGACUACAUACCGUUUGGAGGUGGGAGGAGAAUAUGCCCUGGAAUAUCUUUCGGCUCGAUCGUUGUUGAUUUUCUGUUAGCGAGUCUGCUCUAUCAUUUUGAUUGGCAGCUCCCGAAUGGAAUCAAACCUCAAGACCUUGAUAUGUGCGAAAAAUUCGGCUCAGUGGUCACGAGGCAAAAUCAUUUGCAUCUCAUUCCUAUUGCCUACAAACCCUAA